AUUAUAAAGGGUGCCUCGGGACUGUUCAUAAUUAUAAAGGGUGCCUCGGGACUGUUCAUAAUUAUAAAGGGUGCCUCGGGACUGUUCAUAAUUAUAAAGGGUGCCUCGGGACUGUUCAUAAUUAUAAAGGGUGCCUCGGGACUGUUCAUAAUUAUAAAGGGUGCCUCGGGACUGUCCAUAAUUUUAAAGGGAGCAUUCAUCCUCUUGCACUGCAAGCAAGGUUUUAGAUUCCCUGGAAACCUGUCAUGAGAUAAUACAGUAUAUAGACUGCCACUGUUG